CCUGUCGAUGUUAUAACGGCACAGAUCCGAGGCAGCCCGGUUCCCUCGCACCAGAACUGAGCAGAACAGAACCGGGGAAAGAACGCAUCUAAAAGGGACAAGUUGCGUGGUAUUUUCUCCCGAGGGGCGAGUGGCCAUGAUGUCACCAAACUGGAACUGUUGCUCCGCUAUGCUGCCAGGCUGACAGGCUGUUCUGUACAUGCAGUGAUCUACGGCUCUAUAUCACAGACACUGAAUUCCCUGUGGACCCACUGGUGUGUGUGACUCAUGGCCACAGUCACCCAGAAUCUGCCUGUGACCUGCACUCCCAGCCGGCGUUUCGGAGACCCCUACCCUGCCCUGCCCCCACCGCUCCUGUCCCGCUGCACCAUGGGAAGUGUAGGCAGUCUGGUGGAGAGGCCCGAGGUGAGCUCGGAUCGGCUGAAGAGCGGGCGGACGGGGCCGCAGGGGGGCGUGCGGCAGCAGGACGGCCUGCUGAGGAAGGGCUUCACCCAGCGCGAGCUCCUCAACUACCUGAACAUCGCCAAGAAGGAGCCCAAGGCGGGCGGCAAACACAUCAUCUCCUCCAUCUCCUCCAUCAAGCGAGGGCACGGCCGCGAGGAGGAGAACGUCUACAGCAAGGUCUACCACAAGGACGGCCGCGACCUGGACCUGGGCAAGAACUCCCUGCCCAUGGGGGGCAAGUACGAGAAGUCUCGCUUCAGGCCCUCCGCCUUCAAGCCUGUCACCCCCAAGGGUUUCAGCUCUGUGCAGAACCUCUAUCCCUCUAAAACUGAGGAUCUGGACUCGGGUCUGUCCAACGGGCUGCAGGUGUCUUUCGCCAAGGUCACCUCCACUGGGGUCUCCACCUCCUCGUCCUCCUCCUCGCCAUCCCGCCACACCGCCAGGGGCAUGGCCAAAGCCCCGUUGGCCGCCAGGGGCCUGAGCCAGGAGGACGAGAGCAUGUCCGACUCGGGGCACAACUCCAUGAACAGCCUGCCGCCCUACCGGCCCCCGUUCCGGCCGCACCUGGGCCAGAUCAGCGCCUCCAUGGGCCACAUCGACCACAUCGGCUCCCUGGACCGCGCCUCCUCGUCCACCGUCACCGAGGCCUCCUGUCCCGGCGGCGUGCCGACACUGGGCCGCCUGCGGGUGUACGGCAGCGAGGCCCCGCCGCCCUAUGAGCUGUCACAGUCCCUGGAGGAUGUGGUGAGGGACCUGGAGGACCGGCUGCUGGAGAAGGAGCACGAGCUGAAGCAGAUGAGGAGGAACCUGGACGAGAGUGAGGGAGCCGUUGCACAGGUGUUUGAGGGGAAGCAGAGGUUGUGGGAGAAGGAGGUGGAGGAGCUCAGGAGGUUGUAUGCGAUCAAGUUACGCCAGGUAUCCCAGCAUGCUCAGCGGUCGACCCGCUCCCUGCAGUUGCAGCUCUUCAAGGUGCAACAGGAGCGCCGCCGUCUCCAGGACGACCUGGAAGCCCUGCAGGGCAGCAGCCUGGGAGGCCACACACAGGAGCCUCACCCCGAACUGGAGGAGACACAGUGGGAGGUGUGCCAGAAGUCGGGUGAGAUCUCUCUGCUGAAGCAGCAGGUGCGGGAUGCCCAGGCCGAGGUGGCCCAGAAGCUGAGCGAGCUCUUCCACCUGAAGACCCAGCUCCGCGAGGCCCGGAGCGAAGGCCGUGCCAAGGACUCUCAGAUCCAGCUGCUGCAGCUGGCCCUGCAGGGGGAGGGGGAGGCCCCGGGGGGCGCGCUCGAGGCCAAGGGGGCAGGGGCAGGUCAGGGGGGCGGGUCCGAGGAGCGCCUGAGGGCGGAGCUGCUUCUGGAGAGGCGGCAGAGCGAGGCACAGGCCUCGGCCUUUGAGGCCGAGAGACGCACCUGGCAGGCGGAGAAGGACAAGGUGAUCCGCUACCAGAAGGAGCUGCAGACCAGCUACCUGGACAUGUACCACAGGAACCAGGCCCUGGAGAGAGAGCUGGCCGAGCUGCGGGGUGGGGCUGAGGGCGGGGAUGGAGCCAGAGCCAGGGACGAGGAGGUGGAGGCGGAUGACAGACUGCCCCCGGGCCUGCCCUGGAUCGAGAGGAUCGAGUCGUCUGAAAUUUGAUUGUGACCUUGCAAGGCAUAGCAGAGCCAGCCGUUUAGGACAUAAGGCCACUGUAUUCCUCACGCACAGUGACUACCCGCCACUGAUGUCUGCAGGAGACUGUUGGUGUGGUUGUGUGCAUGAAGGUUUGUCCUGGUAGCAUGUUCAUAGUGCAGAACACUUGUGAGCAGGUAUCCACAGGUGUGAACGGGAGGAGAUGCGUGGAGGAUGAAGAUGAAUUUGAGCAAGUGACUUACCCCAGUGGAUCUUCAAUGAUUUCUCUAACGAGCUGCUGUAUCCAUGCAGCAUUAAUCAACUGUUUUCAUUUUAUGUUCUGAAGAUUAAAAAAAAAAAAUGAGCAAGGAAAAUGUAAUUUUAAACUAGCCUCUGUUAUAUAAGUAAGGGCUGUAUGAUAUUCUUGUUAUUUUGAUCGGUGAUUCACACUUUUGAGACUCUCCUGUGGAACCCUUUGAAGCUUGUGUUCACUGGAAUUUUCCUCAGCCUAACACAUCCGAGUGAAAUGUGUUUAGCGUUAUUACUUUAUAAAAUAGUAUCUGGAUGUUCUUCAUGUUGUGCACCAGUGUACCAGUGUAGGCUCAGGCUUCCAAUAAUGCCACUGCUGGCCUGUAACGAUCUGCUGUGUAUUUCAGCUUUAAAUCUGCAAUAUGAGCCUCAUACGUGCACCCUCUAAGCCCUCUGCUCUCACCCUCUCAUACCUCACCCUCUCAUAACUGCACCCUGCCAUACCCCACCCUCCUAUACCUGCACCCAGUCAUACCUCACCCUCUAUUACCCCACCCUCUUAUACCUGCACCCAGUCAUACCUCACCCUCUAUUACUCCACCCUCUUAUACCUGCACCCAGUCAUACCUCACACUGUCAUACCUCACCCUCAUACCUAACCCACUUAUACCCCACCCUCUUAUACCUGCACCCAGUCAUACCUCACCCUCUAUAACCCCACCCUCUUAUACCUGCACCCAGUCAUACCUCACCCUCUAUUACCCCACCCUCUUAUACCUGCACCCAGUCAUACCUCACACUGUCAUACCUCACCCUCAUACCUAACCCACUUAUACCCCACCCUCUUAUAUCUACACCCUUUCAUACUUUAUUCUCUCAUGGAGUGGGUGUAGGGCAUAGUGAGUCUGAUGCAGGGAGGGUGUAGGGUGUAGUAAGGGUGAUACAGGCAGGGUGUAGGGCAGUGGUCACCAACCCUGUUCCUGGAGAUCUACCAUUCUGUAGGUUUUCAUCGCAACCCAAAUUUGGCUCACCUGAUUCUACUAAUUAGCAGCUCAACAGGAUCUUUGGCUGUUGAAUGAGGUGUGCUUUGCUGAGGUUGGAGUGAAAACCAACAGGAGAGUAGAUCUCCAGGAACAGGGUUGGUGCCUCCUGGUGUAGGCCAUAGCGAAUGAGACAGGCAGGGUAUAGGGUGUAGUGAGGGUGAUGUAGGGAGGGUGUAGGGUGUAGCGAGUGAGACAGGGAAGGUGUAGGCCAUAGCAAGUGAGACAGGGAGGGUGGAGGGUGUAGGUGCACAGUGAAGGGGACACAGGAAAAGCGUAGAGCCUGGUGAUGGUGGCACAGGUAGAACGUAGUGAGGACACAAAGCAUGAGCAAAGGGAGUGGCUCAUGGGUAGAAAGCAUAGCUCCAGUCAUUGACCCAGGCUGCUUAGUGUCCUGAUUGACUCUGCAGCCCAUAGAUUCAUUAUACUGUGACUACUGAAAACAAUCCUACAAGUGUAUCAUUUGUUGAUUAAUCCAAUAUUUUGAUUGAUAAGUAUUUAUACAUUGAUUCAAAAUGUUUUGAGUACAGGAAACAGGUCUGUUUCUGCCUUUAUUUGAAUAUUAUAAGUUUUUAUAUGUGUGUUUUGGGGUUACAUUUUCUGGAGGUUUUCCGAAUUGGUAAAGGAGUCGUCUUUCUUCUGUUGGGUCCGGUGUCUUUAGCGGCCAGUUUUUCCUUUCUGUUGCUCCUGUUGUGAAAUGGCCCCUCUAAUAAUUGAAGGCAUUUGGUGUGGAAUGCACUCUGCAUAUGCUCUGUGGAUCUCCAUCCAUCAGCACACAUGCUCGCACACACUCUUACUCACACGCACACAAAUACACAUUAGCAUCUGUAUAAAGGAGCCUUUUCUCUGAUCCACUUUCCUGGGGAGGAGCUGAUUUGUCAACGGACUGUGAAGUAGCUGAACAACACAGGAGACACUCGAACCCGAAUCUCCAACUUACCAAAAAGCUUUGUCAACCUCAUGGGAGGCCCGACCAUGUAUGGUGACUGGCAGGAGUGGGCGGGUUUUUCCCCUUCGUGGAAGCAGUACGGUGAACGAGUGAACAAAAUGAACUUGUGAGUAAAUGAAUGCAUGGCCAGGCUUCCACAAGGCAGUUGAAACUGAAUUAAAACCACUUCAUCCUGGACCUGGACUCCAUUCUUUGGUCGCAUGUAAGAAUAUGAAACCGUGCUGUUGUGACAAUCUACAAAGAAAUAAAUUAACCAACAAAAUGAGUUUA